AUGAGCCUGGAGUCGAAAGCGUCCGACAGGGACGAGUCGCGCGCGUCGCCCGCCUCCGACAGCGAUGCCGACAGCGACGCCAGCGACAGCAGCCAGAGCCUGGACAACACAGAAUGGCUCGCCACGACGCGCCAGCGCCGCUCCACGGCUGGCAACCGCAUGAAGUCGAUGCUGGCCAACGAGGAACCCGACUCAGACCUCGAGCUCCUCUUCGCCGAGGACGAGAACGACCAGGGCUUCUCGGAUGUCGACGCCGAUGGCUCCGACGUGCAGAUGGACUCGUCUUCCGACGACGAGGACGACGAGAAGAACGACGACGACCUCGAGGGCGAGAAAGAGCUUGAGCGCCAGGCAAAGGAGAAGCGCCUCGCCCAGCGCAAGCGAAAGGCGCAGGAGGCCAUCCCCGUCAAGUUCCGCAAGAAGGUCCGCAUCGACGCCAGCCCGGCCGCCGCCCCGGCACCGAGACCAAAGAAGAAGUCGGAGCGCACGUCCUGGCUCCCGUCGCCCGCCGACAUGCCGACGCGCGCCUCGUCUCGCAAGACCACGCGCAUCUCCAAGGAGCAGCUGCACCAGCAGAUGGUUGAGCGCGAGGAGCGGCGCCUCAAGCAAGUCGAGCAGAUGCAGAGAAAGGCGGCCAAGCUCGAGGCGAUGAAGAAGCCCCCCAUGACGCAGGAGCAGCGCCUAGCCGAAGCGGCCAUCGUCGAGAAGCGCAACAGCAAGAGCCUGAACCGCUGGGAGGAGGCAGAGAAGCAGCGCGAGGAGGAACGCAAGGCGAAGCUUGCGGCGCUCAACAACAGGACGCUGAAGGGGCCGGUCAUCACGUUCUGGAGUGGCGUGAGAGAGUGGAAAGACGCUCUCGGCCAGCACGUCACAAUGGUGGAAGAGAAACCCAAGAAGAAGAGGGAAAAGAUGGACAAGGGGCUCAAGGGCAAGGCGGCCAAGGGCAAGGACGGCGACGAGCAGGCCACGACGGCACAGGCUGCAGAAGAGACGAGCGAGGACAAAGGGAAUGCCACAGCCGCCCCGGCCACGGAUGCUCCGCCGACCAAGACCGAACCUUCGGCCGACGCUGCAAACACCUCCCCAGCAGCCGCGCCCACUGCCACACAAGGCGAUACCGACAUGAGCGGCCAGCCAGUGUCUCCUGAGUUGCAGCCACCUCCAGCGGUUUCCGCCGGCAACGAAGACAAGCCUACCGCUGCGGCCGCCGAACCGGUUCCAAAGCAAGAAGAACCUUCCCGGCCGCUCAUGGCGAUGCCUCCUCCGCCACCUCCGCCUCAGGUCAACUCGACCGCACCACCGAGUGGGCUCGCAGCACCGGCACCUCCUCCCCCGAUACGGAGCCCGAGUCCGUUAGCGUCGCCCGCAGGCCUGUCACGGCCGGCGGAUGCCAGACCGUCCGGUGUCCUGGCCGCUCCGAUCCUGGCGCCACCCCUGGGCAUCGGCAUGAACGGCGGCCUUCCACCGUCAGACAUCCCCAAGUCCAACGUCCUCGCACCGCCGAAUACCUCACCGCAGUCUGCUCCUCCGUGCCUGCAAGCUCCGCUUGCGCAGGCUGUCGCUGUCCCACCGGCACUUCCGCAAGCUGCUGCCCCUGAACCCCAGCCUCUUCUGCACGACACGCAUCUCGUGCCGAUCGACAGUGAUGCCACACCUGCCGCGAAGUCUGCCACUCUUCACUCGCCAGACGCUCCUCCGUCCAUGGAGGCUCUACAGUCUACAGAUGUUUCUCAGUCUGCGGAUGCUCCUCAGUCUACGGGAGUUUCUCAGUCUGCGCGAGUUCGUCAGUCUACGGAUGUUCCUCACUCUACGAAUGUUCCUCAAUCUACGGGUGUUCCUCAAUCUACGGAUAUGCCUCAAUCUACGGAUAUUCCUCAACUUGCGGAUGGCCCGCAGCCUACCGAGCCAGCCCGCAGCUCGACCACGGCGCGCAACGCCAUCAUCUACCAAAACUUUGACCUCAACGCCAUCCGCGACAAGGCGGUGCAGACCCAGAUUCUCUUUGGCCGCAAGAUGACCAAGCUCUCCAAACCCGCGCCGGCCCCUGUCUGCGUCAUCACCAACCAGCCCGCGCGCUACCGCGACCCCAAGACUGGCCUGCCCUAUUACAACGCCGCUGCCUACCGCGAGAUCCAGCGCCUCAGCAAGGGCGACUAUCACUUCAGCCGUGAGCUUGGCGCCUGGGUCGGCAGCGGGGCCCUCGCCGCCCGCGGCGUCCCGGAGAGGUUCCUCAAGCCCGAGACUGAGGAAGAGCGCGCGAAGAGGCUCGAGGAGAAGCGGCAGCGGGAGAAGGAGGCCGAAGAGGAGAAGAAGAAGAAGCAGGCCGAGGACGACAAGCGAAAGAAGGAAGCCGAGGAAGAGAAGAAGAAGAGAGAAGCAGAUGAGGAGGCGAAGAGACAAUCCAACGCGGCGAAGCCCGCCGAAGAGAAGGCGACUGCCCCGACCCCUGGACCGCCAUCAAGCGCACCACCUCAGGUCUCUACUACUACACUCACUGCCACACCGGCUACCACACCAGCUGUCGCACCGGUCGCCGCACCCGCCCCUUCAUCCAUAAUCCACAAGCCAGUAUCUCAAGCACCGCCAGCGCCGCCAGCGCCCCAGCAGCCGAGCAAUCCGCCAGCGGCGGCAGCGCAACCCCCGGCUCAACCACCACGGCAGCCCGUACAGCAGCAGCCCGCACCGCAGCCGACACAGCAAGCACUCCAGCAAUCGCCGCCGCCGCCAAGCCAACCCCAGCAGCAGCCCGCUGCCCAAGCGCCCACCGCUCCUGCUCAAGCUCCCGCACCAGCGGCGCCGGAUCAGGGUCCGGGUCAGGCGCAGCAGCCUCCAGCGCCGGCAGCGGCCGCAGCCGCGGCCACCACACCGCCGAAGGCCAGCGUCGCGGCACAAUAG